GAGAGCGCGAGAGGAGAGCGAGAGAGCGAGCUGCGAGCUGUGCUGCCUCCGCCGCUGCCCUUUGAUCCCGACAUUAGUGUUAGGGGCUCGGAGACACAGCGCGCGGCCAUAGACACCGCCGCACCGGCGCUCAUUUAUUUAUACCUCCCAUCACACGCGAGCACAGGACACACACACACUCACACCUAUUAGAUCCGUUUCCAUUGAAGAAUAUUACGCUCGGGGACAAGCCAGGUGCACGACCAAAAAAAUUAAAAAAAAAAAAGAAAAAGAAAAAAAAGAAAGAAAGAAAGGAAAGAAAAGAAGAAAACCCCUCUUCUGGCUCCAGGAAACAAGCUUCAACCCAUUGCACACACCGGAGAGAAGGGGUUUCCCCCUGCCCGCCCCCCAACUACCUCCCCGCUCCUGCCAGUGUCUGCCUGUCUGCCCCCACGGGGGUUUAUUUGAUCUCACAUUAACCGAGGAGGAGAAUGUGAGAAAAGGGGGAAAAUGCCCAGGAGGAAGCAGGAGCAGCCCAAGCGCCUUCCCUCACAUGUUAGUAGGCAGGACGAGGCGGAGGGCGAGUUCAGCGAAGGAGAACACUGGUAUGGGAACUCCCCUGAGACUCCAUCAGAAGCAUCCUAUGGGGAAGUCCAGGAGAACUAUGCGCUAUCCCUGGAGGACCGGAUCCAAGAGCAGUCCACAUCCCCCGACACCUCCCUGGGCAGUGCCACCCCCAGCAGCCACACGCUGGAACUGGUAGCACUUGACAGUGAGGUCCUUCGAGACUCGCUGCAGUGUCAAGACCACCUUUCGCCUGGAGUGUCUUCUGUGUGUGACGAUGACCCACCUAGCUCGAAUAAACCUCUGAGCAGCAACUUGAGGCGGCUGCUGGAGGCCGGGUCCCUUAAACUCGAUGCCACAGCCAAUGGCAGGGUGGAGUCCCCAGUGAAUGUUGGCCCCAGUCUGUCAUUUUCCCCACCUUCCCACCAUGCCCAGCAACUCAGUGUCCUGGCCAGGAAGCUGGCCGAGAAGCAGGAUCAGAGUGACCAAUAUACCCCCAGUAACCGUUUCAUAUGGAACCAAGGUAAGUGGUUGCCGAACUCAACCACCACCUGCGGCCUGUCCCCAGAUUCGGCCAUCCUCAAACUGAAAGCGGCAGCCAAUGCUGUUCUGCAGGACAAGUCCCUGUCCCGGACAGAGGACAGCCUGAGGUUUGAGUCCUUUUCCUCCCCCUUCAGCUCCCAGUCUGCCAGCUCCACCUUGGCAGCUUUGUCUAAGAAAGUGAGUGAGAGAAGUCUGACCCCCGGUCAGGAGCACCCACCUCCAGCCAGCUCUUUCCUGUCACUGGCCUCCAUGACGUCCUCUGCGGCCCUUCUGAAAGAGGUGGCUGCCAGGGCCGCAGGGAGCCUCCUGGCUGAGAAGUCGUCCUUGUUGCCCGAUGACCCUCUACCACUGCCGCCUUCUGAGAAGAAGCCAGAAAAAGUCACCCCACCACCACCACCUCCUCCGCCCGCGCAGCCUCAAUCCUUGGAAUUAUUGUUACUUCCGGUUUCCAAGGGAAGAGUCUCCAAGCCCUCCAAUUCAGUCCCAGAAGAAGAGAGCGGGAAGCCUUUCCAGUGUCCAAUAUGUGGCUUGGUUAUAAAAAGGAAGAGUUACUGGAAGCGGCAUAUGGUGAUACACACAGGUUUAAAAAGCCAUCAGUGUCCGCUCUGUCCAUUCCGCUGUGCUCGCAAGGACAAUCUCAAAUCCCACAUGAAGGUUCAUCAGCACCAGGACCGGGGAGAGACCUUUCAGUGCCAGCUGUGCCCUUUUACCUCCUCACGCCACUUCAGCCUGAAACUGCACAUGCGUUGCCAUCAGCACUUCCUGAGGACAGAGGCCAAGGUGAAGGAGGAGAUCCCAGACCCAGAUGUCAAGGGAUCUCCCCACCUCAGUGACAGUGGCUGCCUGGGGCAGCAGAGGGAAGGAGGAGGGACAGAGCUAGUGGGGACCGUGAUGACGUCUAAUACUCCAGAGAGGACUGGCCAGGGUGGGGCUGGCAUGGCACCUUUGCUGGUGAAGGAGGAACCCAAGGAAGAUAACGGCCUGCCUGCCUCCUUUACCCUGAAUGCUGCCGACAGGCCCGCCAACCACACAAAGCUGAAAGACCCCUCCGAGUUUGUGUCCAACAGUGCAGCAGCAUUGUUCAGCCAGGACAUCUCGGUUAAGAUGGCCUCCGAUUUUCUCAUGAAGCUGUCAGCUGCAAACCAGAAGGAGCCUAUGAAUCUUAACUUUAAAGUGAAGGAGGAACCCAAGGAAGAGGAGGCCCUAAGCACGCCCUUGCCCCGGUCCAGCUACGUGUUCAGCCCAGAACCGGAAGUGGCCACCCCUAACCUCUCCGAGGACCCACUGACCCCCCAGGAAAGCAAGGGGAGUGUGCCAAGGCGUGACCUGUCUGCCAAAGCUGCCUCAGAACUUCUCAUGAAGCUCUCAGCGGAGAGCUACAAGGAGACACAGGCAGUGAAAGUUAAAGAGGAACCCAUGGAGGUGGACAUCCAGGACUCCCCAGUCCCCAUAUCCCCCAGCCGGACCCUUGGCUACAGCACUUUAAUGGGGCGAGAGAAAACUGAUCCCUUACAGAAGCUUCCAGAAGGUAGAGUUCCCCCGGAGAGGAAUCUCUUCAGCCAGGACAUCUCUGUGAAGAUGGCUUCUGAGCUUCUUUUUCAGCUCUCGGAAAAAGUGAGCAAAGAACACAAUCACACGAAGGAAAACACCAUUCGGACGACCACCAGCCCUUUCUUUUCAGAAGACACAUUUAGACAAUCACCAUUCACCUCCAAUUCAAAAGAUCUACUGCCUGGAGAAGCUGCGCCGCUCGGAAGAAUACCAGCUCCAGAGACAGAGAAGCUAGUCCUCGAGGCAGGAAAUGGAUUACCGUCCUGGAAGUUCAAUGACCAGCUCUUUCCCUGCGAUGUGUGUGGUAAAGUGUUUGGCCGACAGCAGACAUUGUCGCGACACCUCUCUCUGCACACAGAGGAAAGAAAAUACAAAUGCCAUUUGUGCCCCUACGCUGCCAAGUGCCGUGCAAAUCUGAACCAGCACUUGACCGUGCACUCUGUGAAGCUGGUGAGUACCGACGCCGAGGACAUCGUCAGCGCCGUCACUUCUGAAGGCAGUGACGGGAAGAAACACCCGUAUUACUACAGUUGCCACGUGUGUGGAUUUGAGACUGAGCUCAAUGUCCAGUUUGUCAGCCACAUGUCACUCCACGUGGACAAGGAGCAGUGGAUGUUUUCCAUUUGCUGCACAGCCUGUGACUUUGUCACCAUGGAGGAAGCAGAGAUAAAGAACCACAUUGGCACCAAGCACACAGGGGAUGACAGGAAGACCCCCAGUGAAUCAAACAGCCCCUCCUCAUCCUCGCUGUCAACUUUGAGUGAUUCCGCCAAUGGCAAAGAUGACUCAGACAGCUCCCAGAGAAACAAGGGUGGGGACAACUUGCUGGUCAUCUCUGUGGUACCCGGGAGCCAGCCCUCACUGAACAGCGAGGAGAAGCCAGAGAAAGGGUUCGAAUGCGUUUUUUGCAACUUUGUCUGCAAAACGAAGAAUAUGUUUGAGCGCCACCUGCAAAUCCACCUCAUCACCCGGAUGUUUGAGUGUGACGUGUGCCACAAGUUCAUGAAGACCCCUGAACAGCUGCUGGAGCACAAGAAAUGCCACACUGUCCCCACCGGUGGGCUCAAGUGCCCAUUCUGCAUUUAUUCCACCAACCGCCCUGCUGCCAUGGAGUGCCACCUCAAGACCCACUACAAGAUGGAGUACAAGUGCCGGAUCUGCCAGACGGUGAAGGCCAACCAGCUGGAGCUGGAGACGCACACCCGCGAGCAUCGCCUGGGCAACCACUACAAGUGUGACCAGUGCGGCUACCUGUCUAAGACGGCCAACAAGCUCAUCGAGCAUGUGCGCGUGCACACCGGGGAGCGGCCCUUCCACUGUGACCAGUGCAGCUACAGCUGCAAGCGCAAGGACAAUCUCAACCUGCACAAGAAGCUGAAGCAUGCCCCCCGCCAGACCUUCAGCUGCGGAGAGUGCCUGUUCAAGACCACACACCCUUUCGUCUUCAGCCGUCACGUGAAGAAGCACCAGAAUGGAGACGGCCCCGAGGAGGACAAGAAAGGCCUGAGUCCAGCCUCCAGAGAGCCACCCGGCCCUGGAGCCCCACUCCUGGUUGUGGGGGGUGGCAGGAGUCUCUUGUCCCCACUGUCAGUCAUGUCUGCCUCGCAGGCUCUGCAGACUGUGGCCUUGUCAGCAGCCCACAGCAGCAGCUCGGAGCCCAACCUGGCGCUCAAGGCCUUGGCCUUCAACGGCUCCCCACUGCGUCUUGACAAAUACCGGAACUCGGAUUUUGCCCAUCUCAUUCCCUUAACAAUGUUGUACCCCAAGAACCACCUGGAUCUCACAUUCCACCCUCCCCGACCUCAAACUGCGCCUCCCAGCAUCCCCUCACCCAAACACUCCUUCCUUGCCUAUCUUGGACUAAGAGAAAGAGCAGAGACUGUCUGAGGACAGCCGCGUUCUGUACCAAAAACCAAGAGACAGAGACAGGAAAAGACAAAAACCCACAAAACUUAAACACAACCCCAGCAGGUGUAUGUCGCUGCAAAACCUACAGGCCCCAGGGGUCUGGACCAUGUGUACUGUAUAUCUUUAGUAAGGAGUAGAAAAUUGGCUCUGUAUGUAUACCAAUUGCAUUGACCGGAAAGCUGCUUUAGCCAAUCUUCAGAGAGGUGUUGCUGCCUGCUCCUCCCUUCAGAGGCAUGCCUCCCCAGCCACCACUCCCAGUCUCAGCCUCCUGAGUACUUCUCUCUCUAAGGAAUUUUGUCAUGUUAAACCCUAAAGAGAAUGUCCUUAAUAGCAGUCAGCACUUGGAAGCUUCUCUACUGGUACAUUGGGUUUUCUCUUGGGUGACUGGGCUAUUGUGGAUAUUUGUGGAUUGGAAAAGAGAAAAUGUGUGGUGUGUGUAUGUGUGGUGUGUAUGUAUGUGAUGUGUGUAUAAUG